AUAUGUACAUAUUCAAUGGUAUUGAUCACAAACAUAUGUGCAGGCCACUUGGGUGUUGUGCAGUUGGCAGCUGUAGCAAUUCAGAACACUGUUAUCGGAGGCCUGGCUUUUGGAUUGGUGUUGGGAAUGGGCAGUGCAUUAGAAACACUUUGUGGUCAGGCCGUUGGAGCAGGUAAACUUCAAAUGCUUGGAGUGUAUUUGCAGCGUUCAUGGUUAAUAUUACUGGGUACAGCAGUGCUUUUGAGUUCUAUUUACAUCUUAGCCACCGCAAUGCUUAAGCUACUGGGACAGGAGGAUGAUGUAGCUGAUCUAGCGGGAGAAUAUGCACUUUGGAUGCUACCCCAACUGUUCGCCUAUGCAUUAUAUUUCCCAAUGCAAAAGUUUCUUCUGGCACAGAGGAAAGUCAUGGUCAUGGCUUUUGUUACCUUUGCUGCACUGAUAAUCCAUGCCUUUCUGAGUUGGUUAUUAAUCUUCGAAGUGGAUUUGGGGUUGGUUGGAUCUGCUAUUACAUUAAAUCUAUCAUGGUGGAUUAUCAAUGCUAGUCAGUUUUUGUAUAUAGUUUACUUUUUCCCAGAUGCUUGGAAAGGAUUCUCCUGGCUUGCUUUUCGCGAUCUCUGGCCUUUUGUUCGACUCUCAGUUGCUUCGGGUGUUAUGCUAUGUUUGGAGAUCUGGUAUAUGGUGUCACUGAUUGUUAUGACUGGUCAUUUAAAAAAUGCAACAAUUGAAGUGGAUGCGCUAUCUAUUUGCAUGAAUUUGAAUACAUGGGAAGCCAUGAUCUUCAUCGGUUUCAAUGGUGCAAUCAGUGUAAGAGUAUCGAUUGAACUGGGAGCUGGUCGCCCUAAAGCUGCAAAAUUUUCUGUCAUCAUCGUGGUUCUAACAUCAUUGUCUAUUGGACUUAUAUGUAUGGGUAUCAUUCUUGCAACCAAAAAUGAGUUUGCAAUACUAUUCACGAGUAGUAAAGUGGUCAUGGAAACAGUGUCCAAUAUGGCAAUGUUACUUGGAGUGACGAUGGUUUUAAACAGUGUACAACCAGUUCUAUCAGCUGUGGCUGUAGGCGGAGGUUGGCAAGCUCUGAUAGCCUAUGUAAACAUAGGGUGCUACUAUGUUAUUGGAUUACCCCUUGGCCUUCUUAUGGGAUAUAAGUUCGACCUUGGAGCAAAGGGUAUUUGGACUGGCAUGAUCUGUGGAACAGCCCUCCAGACUGUUAUUUUAUUGUUAAUCACAUAUUUCACUAACUGGAAUCGAGAGGCUGCUCAAGCUGAAGACCGUAUAAGGGUAUGGGGAGGAUCAGCUGAGUCUUAUACAAAUAGAUCAUCCAAGCGGGAAGAGAAUGUUGAAUAUGAGAGCAUCCCUUGA